CUUCAUCUUAUUAUUGCUACUUAAAAAGCAAUGUAAUUUUUUAAGUUAUCUAAUAAUGACCCAUAGUUGUUGUAACUUUUGCAAUCCAAUGAAUCAUCAGCUCCGGAAAAUUAAACUCUCUUUUCUGUCUUUUUGUCUGCCAUAACAUUAUCCUGCUACUACCAUGUGAAACCGAGCAGAAUGGGUCCAAAUUCUGAUUGCCAUUUCCAGUAAACAAAUAUUAUAAUUAUCUUUUCGAUUCAAAUAUAUAUUUUCCUGAAUCAAUCUACCGAACUCUGAACUCUGUUUAUCGAAAUACAAUGGUCCCAUAUCAUAGGAUGCAUUCCAGGAUAUUUACUGUUCACUCGUUGAGGUUAUUCCAGAUUAAAGCUCCAGGGGAAAUGGCACUUUACUACUACGGGCAUGCAGAGAUCUUAAAAGCAAACAGGUUAAGGCCAGGGAUUGCUUCCUUGAUGGGUAAAUUAACAAAAGCCAGGGCACGUGAUAAGGGGACCUUGUGAAGCUGUUUGAGUAGGGUCCUUGUCACCCAUUACCAGGCAAGCUUAUUACUUAAUCCACUGAGUUAAACUUAAACAACCCUCACUACUAAUCUUUUGUUUUGGUUGUUAGUCAUUUUCCCAUCUUCUCUAUUGUUUUAAAAAGUCACAACACUUCAUGUGCAUCAUCUUCGCCACUCUUCUUCUUGCUUUUUUCCAAGCAAAGAAUAUCUCUUUUAUCUCCAAACUGAAGAAAGAGAGUCUUGCACUUCUAAUCAUGGACCUGCUUCUGGCAUUCCAUGUGCUUCAAUCACUUCACCCCACUUCUCAUUAUUUUACUCUCCUCAUCACCUUCUUCUUCUUCUAACCAUUCUUUAACAGCUCCUCACCAAUAUAUAUAUACCGCCUUCUAGGCUAUAUUUACGUCUCCUGACUUGGUGACAUCCUUCUUUUAACACAAUAAAUUUUCUUGUGGCAUUGAGGCUCUCAGAAUGAACAGUCCAACACCUUGCAGCAGGUCCUGGUCUGUAAGUGAAGAUUCAUUGAAAAGAUAUGUGCACUUUGCAAGUGAAAGUUGCAUACAGGAGUUGUUAUCAGCCUCAGACUCAAACAGGUUUGGAAAUGACAAUGAUGGAUGGAAAAUACUGACUCUUGAUAAUGGAGUUGAGAUUUCCAAAAGAAGAUCGGGUUCACACCACACUUUUAGAAGCAGAUGGCUGCUGAAAUCAGUCUCUCCGCGGCAAUUCAUCACUGUUGCAAAUGCCAUAGAUGCUGCCAAGCAAUGGGAUGGUGAUCUAGUGGAAGCAAAGUACAUAAAAGAUCUAGAAGAUAAUCUCGAUAUAAUUCAACUCAGAUUCGGGGAGAACUCAAAACCUCUUUUUAGAAAUAGAGAAUUCAUUGUUUAUGAACGACGUGAAACAAUGGAAGAUGGCACUCUUGUGGUUGCAGUAGCAUCACUGCCAAAAGAGAUAGCAGCUGGAUUGCAUCCAAAGCAAAACAAUGCAAUAAGAGGACUUUUGCUUCAAUCAGGAUGGGUUGUGGAGAAGCUUGAAGAUGACUCGUGUAUGGUCACUUAUGUUGUUCAGUUAGAUCCUGCAGGAUGGGUGCCCAAGUGCUUUGUGAAUCGGCUUAACACAAAACUGGUUAUGAUCAUUGAAAACCUUAGGAAGCUAGCACAAGCUUGUCCAACAAAUGGUGGUGUGACUGUGAGUACACAAGAGUAAAACUAUUUGUAAAGUUAUGAAAAAUUCAAGGUAUAGAAAUUAAUGUUUAUAUAUAGUGAUGAAUAUUAUUGAAACUCUCUCUAUAGAUUGGUCUCCAAGUUCUGCAUACUUGGGAUUAUGCUUUGCUGGUUUAAGUUUAUUAUGGUCCUAAUUAAUAUUAAUUGUCAUGAAAACUCAACAUGGUCAAGAUC